AUGAAUGAACAUUAUCUAUCUAUCUAUCUAUCUAUCUAUCUAUCUAUCUAUCUCAGUCUCUCUGCUUUUCUCUCUAGUCCUUCUCUCAUUAUAGAUGAAAUGGCGGCACACACAUCUAUCUAUCUAUCUAUCUAUCUAUCUAUCUAUCUAUCUAUCUAUCUAUCUAUCUAUCUCCGUUUUCUCUCGGUCACCUUCGUAUGUUUGUUCGUACUUUCUUUCCUUUGCUCCUUUCCUUUGCUGUUUUCUUUUGCCCCUUUCCUUUGCUCAUUUCUUUUGCUUCAUUCUGUUUGCUCCAUUCUUAUGUUCUUUUCCGUUGCUCCUUACCUUUGCUCCUUUCCAUUGCUCCUUUCUUUUACUCCUUUCCUUUGCUCCUUUACUCAUUUCCUUUGCUACUUUCCUUUACUUCUUUCUUUUGCUAUAUUCCGUUUGCUCCUUUCUUUUGUUCCUUUCCUUUGCUACUUUCCUUGCUUUUUUCCUUUGCUCCUUUCCUUUGCUCCUUUCCUUUGCUCCUUUCCUCCUUUCUUUUGCUUCUUUCCUUUCCUCAAUUCCUUUGCUCCUUACCUUUGCUCCUUUCCUUUGCUCAUUUCUUUUACUCCUUUCAUUUGUUCCUUUCAUUUGCUUCUUUUUUUGCUCCUUUCCUCAUUUUCUUUGCUCCUUUCUUUUGCUCUAUUCCGUUUGCUCCUUUCUUUUGUUCCUUUCCUUUGCUCCUUUCCUUGCUCCUUUCCUUUGCUCCUUUCCUUGCUCCUUCCCUUUCCUCCUUUCCUUCUUUCUUUUGCUUCUUUCCUUUCCUCAUUUCUUUUGCUCCUUUCCUUUGCUCCUUUCUUUUACUCCCUUCCUUUGUUCCUUUCCUUUGCACCUUUCCUCAUUUCCUUUCCUCCUUUCUUUUGCUCUAUUCCGUUUGCUCCUUUUUUUGUUCCUUUCCUUUGCUACUUUCCUUGCUCCUUUCCUUUGCUCCUUUUCUCCUUUCUUUUGCUUCUUUCCUUUGCUUCUUACCUUUGCUUCUUACCUUUGCUCCUUUCUUUUACUUCUUUCCUUUGUUUCUUUCAUUUGCUCCUUUCCUCAUUUCAUUUGCUCCUUUCCUUUCCUCCUUUCUUUUGCUCCUGGCUUCUGAUUUUUCAAAAUUUCAUCACUUUUCUUUCAACUUUAUAUCUGAUUUGUUUUUUUUACGUCGGAAAAAUUUGCUUUUUUUCUUACCUUUUCUCUUUUUUUCUACGUUGUCCUGUUUUUAUCUCAUUUUUUACAUUUCUUUUCUGCUUUCUUUUCAUACCUUGUUUUUAUUUUUUCAUUUUACCAUUUUUCCUUGCUGCUUCAUUUUAUUUCAUUCUCAUUUUUACAUCCUUUCCAUUUUCUUUCCAUUUUCUUUCCAUUUUCUUUCCAUUUUCUUUCUUUUUUCUUUCCAUAUUUUAUAUUUUCCUCGUUCUUUCUUUCUUCUCUUUUUCUCUUUCAUUUAUUCAAUCUUUUCUCCUUUUUUCUUCUUCAUUUCUCGAUUGCCUUUCUUCUCUUCCUUCCAGUCUUUUUCAUUCCUGCUUAAUUUUUAUCUCUACCCACUUUUUAUUUCCUUUCCUCUUACCCUUGAUUUUCAUUCUUAAUUUUCAUUCCUUUAGAUUAUUUUUCUUUCUGUCUUUUACUUUCUUGCUUUAUUUUAUUUUUCCUACUUUUUCAUACUUUCCGAUUUUCUUUCUUUCUUUCUUUCUUUCUUUCUUUCUUUCUUGCUUUCUUUCUUUCUUUCUUGCUUUCUUUCACAUGCCAAAGUGUCAUUUUCAUAGUGUCACAUUCAUUCAAACCUUCAGAGCUUUCUUUCUUUCUAUGUCAGUGUGUAAAUAUCUACGUCCGUCUGUACGUAUCUAUCUAUUUAUCUGUAAAUAUUUGUAUGAUUAUCUAUCUAUCUAUCUAUCUAUCUAUCUAUCUAUCUAUCUAUCUAUCUAUCUAGCUAUCUAG